GAGUGUUUCUAAGGAGUGUGAAGCCCUCGCUUUUAUGAUCCGUCUGCAAGUCUGUUCUUUCUCCAAGGAGCUUCCAUUUGUGUGUUCCCGACAUUUUCCUAGAAUUCCACCUUAAAAUGCGCUGGAUGCACGAAGGCCAGCGCCGCGCAGAGCUUCGCCCAGACGAUGACGGAUUGCAGUUGGAGCCGGCCCUGCACAUCUGGAAGCCACAUGUCGGCGGCAGCUCCAUAAAACGGCCGGCCCAGCAGACCUGGGGUGACACUUCUUGCCAGGAGCCCAGACAGCAUGAGCCUCGCUCUUCUGUGGGUGUUUCUGCCCCUGGUCGCCGUGGCCUGGGGCCAGUAUGGUGGCUAUGGGUACCCGUACCAACAGUACCACGACUACAGCGACGACGGGUGGGUGAACCUGAACCGGCAGGGCUUCAGCUACCAGUGUCCCCACGGACAGGUGGUGGUGGCCGUGAGGAGCAUCUUCAGCAAGAAGGAAGGUUCGGACAGACAGUGGAACUACGCCUGCAUGCCCACCAGCCAAAGCCUGGGGGAGCCUACGGAGUGCUGGUGGGAGGAGAUCAACAGGGCCGGCAUGGAAUGGUACCAGACUUGCUCCAAUAACGGGCUGGUGGCCGGCUUCCAGAGCCGCUACUUCGAGUCGGUGCUGGAUCGGGAGUGGCAGUUCUACUGCUGUCGCUAUAGCAAGAGGUGCCCCUAUUCCUGCUUGAUGACGACGGAAUACCCCGGCCACUACGGCGAGGACAUGGACAUGGUGUCCUAUGACUACGAUUACUACAUGCGCGGCGCGACCACUACCUUCUCCGCGGUGGAAAGGGACCGCCAGUGGAAGUUCAUAAUGUGCCGCAUGACCAACUAUGACUGUGAAUUCGAGAAUGUUUAGAUUUGCCGCAGACCAGAUCGGGGUGAAGGGGAGGGGCCGGAGGCCCGAGGAUGUCCACCUGUGUUAACUCCAGUUGGAUCCUGGGAGGUUCCUGCCACUCUUUCUCCUCCCUGAGCUGGUCAGUGGCUGCGAUGCCAGCUUGCUAAGCCUUUCUGACAAGUAUCACACUUAUAACCAAACCCACAAUGAAGCCACGUUUCUCACUCCCAACAUGGUCCAUAGCGACUGUUUUAUAGGACAGACAACGGCUUUCCACAGGCCGCAUGUAUGCUGUGCGUGCUCACAGCCAGAGCACCUACUGUGCGCACCUCACAGAGGCCUGAGCACCUACACUGCGCGUGCACGGCCUGAGCAGGAGCCUGGUCCCUGGAGCACCAGGGCUGAGAGUCCCUGGGAGCUGGGCGCAGGGCCGGCUGAGGAGGGCCGCAGGGAGGGGUCCCUGCAGGUGGGAGGCCGGGUCCUCUCGGAGGACAGACCUCCCCUUGAGGGACACGCUGGCCUGGAGGUUCAGGGCACAGCUCUGUGCUCCAGGCGAGGGGACUGGGAAGUGCAUUGGGAACCAGAGGGUUGGGGUGGAGCUGAAAGACAGGACUGGAGAUUCUGGAGUGGGAAGAGGCUGUCAGCACGCCCGGAAGUGCAAGGAGCAGGGGAAUCAGUCUCCAGCCAGACAAGAAGGGGAAGAAGAGAAAGGCCUGAGGCUGGACUCCGGUUAGGAUGGGGGGGGAGGGGCAGGCUGCUUUGGGAAAGGGGCCGGCUUUGUGUCGCUGGCACCUGGAGGCUCGGCCAGGACUCAUGGGAGGCCACCGGCCCCCUCACCGACAGGCCCGAUUUUCUGGAUGGCAGAGGCUGCCCUGAGGGCCCACUCCCCUCCAGUGUUAGUUUAGGGGUGUCUUUGGCAGAGGCGGCACCAUCUCCCCCUCCUGUGAUGUGUCUGUCCCCAGCCUUUGUAUUCUCUUCAUGAUAAAAGGAAUAAAAAUAUGAGCAUU